CUCAAAGCGCUUUUAGUAUUUGUUGUGUGCGGACGUGUUUUAUACGCAGCGUUCUCCAAAAGAAACAAGAAAUUAAUACUUAACAAUUGUGAUAAACAUUCCAUUGGCCAGAGUGCAACGCUAAGCUACUUUUUGACCAACAUAACGCACCCUGCAAACCCGUUUCCAGCCUAAAACCCAGCAGCAGCAGCAGCAGCAACCACAACAAACAUUAACAUGUCGUCGAAUCGUGCUCCAAAGAGUGGCUUUGCGGCCGAAGCGCAGCGCAAGAUCAAUUCGAAGUACAGCGAGGAGCUGGCGCAGGAGUCGCUGGAAUGGAUCAAGGCCGUGACAGCCGAGCCGAUCAACACAUCCGGCGACACGGACAACUUCUUUGAGGUGCUCAAGGAUGGCGUCAUCCUGUGCAAGCUGGCCAAUGCCCUGCAGCCCGGCUGCAUCAAGAAGAUCAACGAGAGCAAAAUGGCCUUCAAAUGCAUGGAGAACAUUUCGGCAUUCCUUGAGUGCGCCAAAAACUUUGGUGUGCCCACACAGGAGACCUUCCAAAGUGUCGAUCUCUGGGAGCGUCAGAAUCUCAAUUCUGUCGUCAUCUGUCUGCAGUCGCUGGGCCGCAAGGCCUCCAACUUCAACAAGCCAUCGAUUGGUCCCAAGGAGGCGGACAAGAAUGUGCGCAACUUCAGCGAGGAGCAGCUGCGUGCCGGCCAGAAUGUUAUCUCCCUACAGUACGGCUCCAACAAGGGCGCCACCCAGUCGGGCAUUAACUUUGGCAACACCAGGCACAUGUAGACGCUAAAAGUGCACCAACUUCUCUCACACACACACACACAUAAAACACACAUUCCGCAGUAAAGCCAAAACCAAAACCUGACAACUUCCGUUUUGCCACACAUUCCGCUAAAACAGAAAGAAAGUGUAUUUAUAAAAAAAAAACAAGAAGAAGAAGAGAAACUUUUAAUUUGUAUUUGAAUUGAUCAUGAUUGCACCAGACGUAAUAACAUAAAUUACUUUUAAUUUAAUAUUAUUAAGUACCCAAACGUACGGAUGAGUUUUUAGAAUGAUUAUAAUUCUAUUUUCAACAAAAAUAACCACCUACUGCAUUUUGGCACGAUUUCACCAAAUACAAUAUAUAUACUUAUACAGAACCAAGAAGCACUCAAUUAUCGUGCCAUGACCAGGAUAUGUGCAUAAACACAUAAACGCAACACGGAUUGCCUUGUGACCGAAAGUGCCGCCAAUUUCAAAUUCAAAAUAUAACGUUUACAGAGCUGUUAAAAGAAACUAACCACCUGAAUUUCAAUCAAUAGAUAAGCAUUUAAGACGAAUGUAUUCAAGAAUCAAAACCGUUAAAAGCAAACAUAUGUAUUACUACACAUUUAAAUGAUAUAUGUAUUUUAAAUGUUAUUCAAUGUUGAAAAUAAAUAAUUAUUCUUUUAACAACGGC